UUUUUUUUUAAAUUAGCUUGUUGGAUUCUUAGCUUGUAUACUUACAAUUAUAUUUCUCUUAACAUGUCUUUAUUAUUUGAUUUGUCGUUAUCGAUAUUCUAGUGAAUUAUCGAAUAAUCUAUCAUCAAAUGAACAAAAUGGAACAACAUCAAUACCAAUAACAAAUUUAUCACAAGCAGCAACUACAACAUUUAUUAAUGAACCAGGUAAAGAAAUUAAAAUUAUGACAUAUACUGAACAAAUAUCAACUAUUACGGGUGAUUCCGUUGGUAAUAGACAUUCAAAUUCACCAAAUAGAAAUGCACUUUUGACUAAUGGUAAUACUGAUCCAAGUGGACUUCGUUUACUUCAACAUGAACAUCAUUAA